GGAGACCAAUAUGGGGAGAGUAAAAGUAUAAAAAGUAAAAUGGCUGCGGUGUUGGGCCACGACGCUGGUGUUCGCGGUGACAAUUCAAUUUUAACAUUUUUGAUAGUAGGAGCUGCGCAGUUGUGUGAAAAAAUCGCAAAUUCCGUGCAUCAGUCGGCGCGAAAACAAAAUAAACGAGCAAUAGUUGACCAGUGCGAGGUUAUCACUCAAGUUUUAAAGGAUCAAUUGUUGUUAACUACUGAUUUUAUUAUUUUGAUAAUCAACGGAGAGACCAGCCACAGCGUACUCGAGGCCGAGGAAAAUUUAAAUAACAUUGACAAAAACUUUCUAACGACCGGGGCUGUGUUUUUUGUUUACUGUAACGGUCCAACUUCUUACACCAAUGUAACUCACCGGAAUACUAGAGUGCUUGCUGAUAAAUUUUUGAUACGAAGAAUUUUAAACGUCAACAUCUACGUAAUAAUGAAGAAAGUUCGAGCUCCGGCAUACGCUUCAAGCCACGAAGAAAGUGAAAACGACAGCGACGAGACAGAAUGCAGCAUCGGAAGCAACUCUACUGCUGGAACUCACCGUAGUGACACUCCUAAUGGGGCAAAGCCGCGUAGGAAAGGUCGCAGACGCAGCAAGACGACAAAAAACAAGCCAGUUAAUGACAAGCCACUGUAUAAAUAUUGCUGUAGCAUAAAAGAGGACCAUGGUCAGCCGCUAUUUGGAGUCCAAUUCAACCACCACCUGAAGGAAGGUGAACCUCUGAUCUUUGCCUCGGUAGGUAGUAAUCGGGUGAGCAUCUAUGAGUGUCCUGAAGGGGCCAACAUCAGACUGCUCCAGUGUUACUCAGAUCCAGACAGUGAGGAAAACUUUUACACCUGCGCGUGGACCUUUGACGAACUGGGAAAACCUUUACUGGCCGUCGCCGGCUCCAGAGGAGUCAUCAGGAUUAUCAGCCCAGUUACAAUGACCUGUGUCAAGCAAUACAUUGGACACGGACAUGCGAUAAACGAAUUAAAGAUCCACCCGCGAGAUCCCAACGUUUUGCUGUCUGCGUCCAAGGACCACGCUUUGAGGCUCUGGAACAUAAAAACAGACGUGUGCAUCGCGAUCUUUGGUGGCGUUGAAGGCCAUCGGGACGAAGUUCUCAGCGCAGACUUUGAUAUGAAAGGUCAAAGAAUUAUCUCCUGCGGGAUGGACCACGCUCUAAAGCUGUGGUCUUUGGAGAAGCAGGACAUGAAAGACGCAAUAAAACAGUCUUACUUUUGCAACCCAGCGAGAAAUAGCCGUCCGUUUGAUUCUAUUCUUCAGCACUUUCCGGAUUUUACCACCCGGGACGUUCACAGGAACUACGUUGAUUGUGUCAAGUGGUACGGGGACUUUAUUCUCAGCAAGAGCUGCGAAAAUUGUAUCGUCUGCUGGAAGCCUGGCCGUUUGGAGGACUCUCAAUUGAGAAACAAUGAGACCAGCGCGACCGUGAUGCAUCGGUUUGAAUUCAAAGAAUGUGAUAUCUGGUUCAUAAGGUUCUCAAUGGACUUUUGGCAACGAACGAUUGCCCUGGGUAACCAGGUAGGUAGAACUUAUGUCUGGGACCUGGAUAUCGAGGAGCCUGGCCAAGCUAGGUGUUUCUCGUUGCAGCAUCCUCGGUGUACUGCACCAAUUAGACAGACCAGCUUGAGUCGUGAUGGGUCUGUUCUCUUGUGUGUCUGCGAUGACGCUACUGUCUGGAGGUGGAAUCGAGAUGAUUAA